CCGUUUCCGGUGUCAUGGCGGCCGGAGCGCGGCGGCGGCCGGUGGCCGGGCCGUUGCUGGCGGCGCGGCAGCGGCGGGGCAGCGGGAGUGGCGGGGGGGCGAUGUGAGGCGGGACGGCGCCAUGUCGGGCUGCGUGUGGGGCGCGGCGCCGCUGCUGGAGGCGCUGGGCCGCCUGUGGGAGGUGCAGGCGCCGCUGGGCAGCGGCUCCUCGGCCUCCGUCUACCGGGUGCGCUGCUGCGGGGACCCGCGGGCCCCCCCCGGCGCCGUGAAGGAGUUCGUGCCGCCCCCGCCGCGGCCCGGUCCCGCUCGCCGCCCCGGCGCCCGCCCGCCCGCCGCCGACUGCGCUGAGUACGGGUUCCGCAAGGAGCGCGCCGCGCUCGAGCAGCUCCGCGGACACCGGAACAUCGUGACACUGUAUGGUGUGUUCACCAACCACUACUCUGCGAAUGGCCCAUCUCGCUGUCUUCUGCUUGAGCUGCUGGACAUCAGUGUGUCCGAGCUGCUGCUGCACUCCAGCAACCAGGGCUGCUCCAUGUGGAUGAUCCAGCACUGCGCCCGAGACGUUCUUGAAGCCCUGGCGUUCCUGCACCACAAAGGCUACGUACAUGCAGACCUCAAGCCACGCAACAUCCUGUGGAGUGCAGAGGAGGAGUGCUUUAAGCUCAUUGACUUUGGACUUAGCUUCAAAGAGGGCAAUCAGGAUGUGAAAUAUAUUCAAACAGACGGGUAUCGGGCUCCAGAGGCAGAACUGCAGAACUGCCUGGCGCAGGCAGGGCUCCCGAGUGAGACGGAGUGUACCUCUGCUGUGGAUCUGUGGAGUCUGGGAAUUGUUUUACUGGAAAUGUUCUCAGGAAUGAAACUGAAACAUACAGUCCAAUCUCAGGAAUGGAAGACAAACAGUUCUGCCAUCAUUGAUCGCAUAUUUGCCAGUGAAGGGGUGGUUAAUUCAGCCAUUCCAGCUUAUCACCUCAGAGACCUUAUCAAAAGCAUGCUUCAUUGUGACCAAGGAAAGCGAGCCUCUGCUGAGAAGGCUUUAUGCAGCCCGUUCUUCAGCAUUCCCUUCGCUCCCCAUAUUGAAGAUUUGGUGAUGCUCCCCACGCCUGUGCUGAGGCUGCUAAAUGUUCUAAGUGAUGCUUCUCUGCAGUGCGAAGAAGAAUAUGAAGAUAUCCUGGAAGACAUAAGAGAGGAGUGUCAGAAAUACGGACCGGUGGUUUCCUUGCUUAUUCCAAAGGAGAAUCCUGGUAAAGGCCAAGUCUUUGUUGAAUAUGCAAAUGCUGGUGAUUCCAAAGCUGCCCAAAAAAUGCUGACUGGAAAGAUUUUUGAUGGCAAGUUCGUUGUGGCUACGUUUUACCCACUGAGUGCCUAUAAGAGAGGAUAUCUGUACCAAAACUUGCUGUAGGCAGUAGCAACAAUCAGAAGAGUUGUCUUGCUCCUCUUCCUCACGUGUUUUACAAGUUGAAUGUACAAAAGAGCUUCCUAGCCCUGCUUCUGAGUCAUUUGUGAAGGAGAGAUGCAAAGGACUUCACUGGGCUUUGAAACCUUUACUGCUGCUUUGUGAUGUGCGGAGGAGGCCGGGAUGGCUUUCGGCGUGUGCUUGUGUGUGUGUUGUGCUUGCUGUUUACACUGGGUGUGUGGCUUUGCCCUGGUGGGCGCUCGAGCGGCAGGAGCUGUGGCUUGUUGGGAGCCUGGGAGGCCCAGCAGAUCUUGGCAAGCACUUUUUAGUGACUUGAAGUAAGACCAUUUAAAGACUUGGCCUUAGCACUUGACUUUGCUUUGGAGGGAGAAUUUCUUUGUUAAGCUUUCUUAUAAUGCACGUGCUCUUCGCCAGUGCAGAGGAUGAGGAGGAAGGCUUCCCUGCCUUUUGUUGAUAUCUAUGGUAAAUAAAGAAACAGAAAUGCCAUCCUCUCUAAAUUAAACCAGGAAGACUUUUGAGUCUUCACAUCACAUAAAGCAGAGAGAGGCAGUGAAAUUAGAUCUGCUGAGCCUACGGCGUUCCCUUGUCACCGCCUCACAACCCAAGAAGAGCCACCGUCUGAGCUGGCAGCGGUGGCACGCUGGGCUUGGGCUGUGUAGGUGACGCUGCCUGCAGUGAGCUGAACUUGCUUGUAUGCCUGGGGUGCAAAGGGACUGGUGGUGGAUACGUGUCCUCGGAGCAGUGCCAGCCUCGGUCCCAACACCACCUGUAAGCACUUUGUAGCCUGAGGUGAUGUGAAAACCCUGUUGUGUGGAGUUUCUAGCAUAUACCCUGUGCUGGCACUGAUGCUCCCUAGCUCUGAUGCCAAAUAUUCUGUCAUACACAAGCGUCUUUAGGUGAUAUUUUAGGAAAGGAGUGCUACAGCACGCACUAUUCUUUGUGUCUCAGCAGGACUCCUGCCCUGCGAGUCUUCUAGAGAAAGAACAAUAUUUGUCUGUCUUAGGUCCCACGCUUGGCUUUUCCGUGUUGUGUGUUUUGGUUUUGCAUUAACCCACGAGACUCGUAGCUUAGAAGCACUGACACUUUUGGUCCUUCAUAGGUUACACAAAAGGCCUGAGGCAAUCUGAGAUCCUGUAUGGAAAGGGCUUGCUCGUUCAUCAGACUUGGCUGGCCAGGAGAAGGGCUUUGCCAGCAUCAGGGACAACAGCCACGUGCUUUUGGAAAAAAAAAAACAACAACAAGCUGGGCAAGCAGCAUCACUGCUCACCCGCCAAAUGCUCACCUGGCUUCAAGCAGAAGCUCUCUCAGCAGCUGUGGGCAUGGGGUAGGUGGUGGCUGUUUUCCAGGGGCGGGCACUUUGCUCCUGGGGACCACAGCAGGGAACAGCCCUACACAGAGGGGGACCAGCAUGUUCUAGCUUGCAGCCCUGGUACCAGUUUUAGUGAGGAGAGCCCUCGUGAAUUCUUUCCUCCAGUUGAAAUGCCUGCCUGAACCAUUUCUGACCUUCCUUAGAAUAAGACCUGAAUUACCUUGCAGUUUACUUUUUGCAUCUUGCUGAUGCUGGACUUGCUGGAAUCCUGCACUUAAAAUUUUCUCUUGAUUUUUGCCCUGUGUGCACGUGUGGUGUGUUGGGAGAUCCAAUGUCUGUAGCAUUUCAUGAGUCUGAGUUUCUCUCUAUGCUGGUAUAAAGUGCUGACUACUAUGGCCCUUCCCAAACUUCUCCAGAAAGGACCAAUCUCUUUGAAUUUUUUUCUUGCCUUUGGGUUGGUAGGUUUUCCAGGAAAAAAAAAAUCCCACAAUGAGUUUUAAGGUUUGAUUCACUGAUCAGGCUUUUUCUGGGAGUGAUGCUACUUUGGUGUACAUAGCUGUAAAGCAGCUUGGCAUAGAUGGGGUGUGUGGUUCAUUGCUUUUAAUUUAAUUAUCCUUGCAGUGAAAAACCUGUAGUGUCUGGGAGGAAUUGGAUGAUCAACUGGCUGUGGGUUUUUCCUGUGUGAAGAGCAGUGUUUAAAGUACUCUAAGUAUUGGUAGGUAUUGACUGACCUUCUCAGCUCUGGGUUGUUGCUGUUCCUGGCAGGCUGAACCAGUGGUGAAAGCACUUUGUCUCAAAAAUUCCUGCGUUGAAUGCCAUCAUGUCCACAGCAUUAAGCUGGCUAUGGGUGUGCCAAGAGCUCCUGUCCCACUGAGUGCCAGCCUGCGUGGGGACACAGCGUGUGGGGUCUGUCACCUAUAGCGCUGCUGGGACAGGGAGAUCUCAUGGUGCAGGUGCAGAACUUGAAUGCAUUUAAGUUCUCACAUGCAUUUGUCUGGGACUGUGAGCUGCUCUGCCACCUUUCAAGCAUAUCUCUUUUAGUCAGAAUUGCACUUUGGAUUUGCAAUUAUAGAGCUGUGCCAGGAUUAAUCUUUAGAGAAGAGCUACAACCUGUUUGUGCAGCAUGGUAGAGCUGUUCCACCAGAGUUUGGCUGGGCUAUUACUCAGCUUCUUCAAUAGGAGCUAAAUAAAAUUUCAAGAUGCAAACUUCUGCCACCAGAUUUUCUCUCCAGAUGCUCAUUGGCCAGGCUUGGGAACUGAGCUGGGCAAAAACCCCAAAGCUGCUUGUUUUUUCUUUUCUUCCUGGGAAGAGCUGAAGAUGCUGAUCUCUGUCCUGUCACUGGAUCCAGCCGCUCGCUUCCCUCUGUGGGCUGUGGGAUACAGGCAGGUUUAGAAACUCCUCAGAGCAGAAGCAUUUUAUCAUUAUCCCUCACCUUCUGCCUUCAGAGCCUUUUUCUCUCAAGCUGAAGCUCUGGUGUUUCAGUGAUUUAUUGGUGGCUUGGCAUAAGUUUCAACCCUGCUAAAACCUGCGAGCUUCUUAACUCUAGAUUGUAUCUGAAGUGUUUAUGGUGAUUCAAUCCAAGGUGUCUGUCGUGGCGUGUGCCUGAGUGGGCCUGGCUUUUGUCUCCAAAUUACUGCCCACUCGAGGUGCGGGGGUGUUGUGGCUUUCCGCUCGAAUGCUUGCUGGGUUUCUUGGUCUGUGCUGCUGACCCGGCUCCCUCCACACAGCCCGAGGUGGAGCAACAACCUGCGUUUUCCUUGCUAGGCAACAGAUGUGCAAACCCGUAGGCUGCUUUUGAGGGAGACAUCUGCUGUGGGGAGGAAUGGGAUGGAAGAUGAAGCCUCUGGAGUGAUGCAGGGGGACUGGCGCUGCCCCAGUGGGGUGCCAGGGCAGGCACCCAGCCCUCCUGCCCGGGAGGAGGCAGCCCAGGGGGCUGGGUCCCCUUGAAGCUUGUGUGUUGAAUGGGAAACACGUUGGCACUCUGCUAUUCCUUGGUGGUGUCUGGGUUUCAUACUUCAUCUGAUGCAAAAUCUCACUGCCAAUCGAAGAAUAGCUGUCCUUCCUCUGCCACUGACAUCUGGGGCAAUGAGAAAGUUCUUUGCACUUCCACCUAUUUAUUAUAUGCAAGGAGGGUAAUUGGUUUUAAAAUCACUGGCUGAAGCACAAGUCAGCUUCAAUCUUAGUUCUAUUCCGGAUUUUAUUCGUGCUGGUUUCCAGCCUCUUAACAACACCUGAGCACUGUGUUUCACCCAGGUUGUCUUUCCAGGGGGUUCAGCAGAAUUCCCCCCCGCUGUGCUGGAUCCUGUAGCCACGUGCCUCCCUUCAGGUUCCAUGUCAACUCUUGUGUCCCGUCAUGCACCAUUGCUGAGCAGACGUGUGCUUGAUACAGGUGAUUAAUAAACGAUGCUUCAGUAUGAA